AUGUCAUCUACACCUUGUACUCGUAAACGACGUUAUCGUCAGUAUCGGAUAAAAUGCGACGAGUGCCAGAGCGAAAUGAACACAGACUACCGAGAUAUUCAUACGAAAAAUGCACACAACGGCAAGAAAAUCAAGUUCAGUCCAGUGGUAGAACCUUCACAGAUUCAGUUACACAGUUUUUUCACAAGAACAGGCACAUCGACGCGUGGAAGUGACGUCAGCGAGGAUACUGUUGAGGAAGACAGUAAUCGUUUCUCCAAAGACUGUACCGCUUUACCAGAGAAGUCUAUCGAGAUCCAAUCGAUAUCCCACCCAAGUGUAAUUCACAAGCCAGUCACAGAGCUUAGAGACAAAUCCAAGACAAGCAAUGCAAACAUAGACCAGGACCAAGCCGGACAACCGGAUGUAUUAGCAACAGCAACAGAACAGCAACAGCAACGGAUUGACGAUUUAAAAAUCCUUGACCAAGAAAUGGUUUGUGUACCACCUGCGGGAACAAGUAUGGUGUCCGGCAAUCCUGACACUGAUAAUUUUAAGUUUGAGAGUGACAUAACUGAAAGACCACUUGUGUUUAACACCGAUACAUCGUCAGCAGCUACCUCCACAGCUACUUCCACAGCUACCUCCACAACUACCUCCACAGCUACCUCCAGGGCGCCAAAUCAUCCAAUUCAAUCAAAAUAUCCAACGAGAACAUUUGGAAAUGAAACCUUCACACGAAAAUUCAAUACCGAAUGGUACAAGAAAUAUCCAUGGAUAAGCUAUGAAACUAAACAAGACAAGUGUGUAUGCUUUCCUUGUAGAGAAUUUGAAAAGGACGAUUCGUUUGUGUUUAACAAUUGGAAGAAGCCAGAGAAGCUAUCUAAACAUGGGAAAUCUCAGAAGCAUAUCACGUCGAUGACCAAGUGGGCAUUGGCUAAGGCCAACCACAAGAUGAACACAUCCGUUCUAAAGCAAAUAGACAGUGCUCAUAAGCAAUAUGUUUUCAGCAAUCGACAAUACCUCCAAGUAAUAAUCGAGUGUCUGAUGUAUAACGUUCAGCAAAACGUUGCCAUAAGAGGACAUGAGGAAGAUAGAAAACAUAUUUGAGAGGUCUCUGAUAUUAACAGAGGGAAUUUCCUUGAGCAGCUUCAUUUUAGAUGUAAGGAUUUGCCAUGGCUAAAAACGAAGCUCCAAACUCAUCAUGAAGAGCAUAUCCAGUGGACAUCGCCAAAAGUACAGAACGAGCUCAUUGAAAUCGUGUUGAGCUUGGUGCUACAGAGGAUUACACGUGAUGUCAAAAGCAGUGGCCAUUACAGUAUCAUUGUUGACGAGACAUCAGACAUAAGCAGAACGAAGCAAGUAUCUCUUUGUCUUCGAUACGUCGUCGAAGGAGAAACACGAGAGACAUUUGCCGGAUUUUUUGCGACUGAAUCAACCGAAGGUGAGGUCCUAUAUGAGCUCGUGAAGGAAUCGAUCACAAAUCUCAACUUGCUGUUAACCGAUAUUGUUGGAGAAUGCUUUGAUGGCGCGGCGAAUAUGAGUGGCUGUCAUAAGGGCGUAGCAUCGCGAAUGAAAGAAUGUUCACCACUUGCUCUAUAUGUCCAUUGCUAUGCUCACCGUCUUAACCUCGCUCUUCAGGAUACAAUGACCAGUAUCGAGCCAAUUCGUAACGCUCUUGGGACAAUACAGAGUCUGUAUAAUCUUAUCGAAGCAAGCCCAAAGCGCCACAGUAUAUUUCAGAACAUCCAGGUGGAAGAAGAACAUUCCGAUCUAACCCUCAAAUCCAUGAGUGUGACCAGGUGGUCGUGUCGCUGGCAGGCAGUUAAGGCAGUGUUUGAGCAAAUGCCGAGAAUUAUUAGAGCUUUGCUUAGUUUGUCGUCGGAUCGUGAUGUGAAGACGUAUACUGAUAGCAAUAACCUGCUUAAUGCAAUUUGUGAUUUUAAAUUUGUAUUUGGUUUAGUAGUGCUCAGAGUAAUCCUUUCCAACACUGAUAGCCUUAGUAAAUAUCUGCAAGGCAAGAAUGUUGAUGUGAUCACCGCUAAGAAGACCGCCGACGGUACAAUGGAAGCAUUGACCAAGUGCCGGAAUGAAGAAUCUUUCCAGAUGGCGUGGUCCAGAGCUAAGAUCCUGUCGCAAACGAAAAAAAGGGAAAUUAAUGGAACCACGUUUUCCUUUAAAGAUGCCACAGCACCAAGAUGCAGACAGCCAUCGCGUCGGUUACAGGCUCUUGUUGGAGAACAAUUCAGUGAUGGCUUACCAUCACAACCAAGCGCCGAAAGUCAUUACCGCGUCACAACGUAUUACCCAACAUUCGAUAAAGUUCUCCUCGAGAUGAAAUCACGAUUUCAGAGUCAUGAUCAAGACAUCUUAUGCGCCCUGGCUGAAGUUGUUUCUAAGACUAAUAUUAUUAUUAAUAAUAAAUUAGACAUGGAGAUACUUACAGCUGAAAAAGAAAUCUUCCAGAAUUUUUUGAAGAAGAACCCAGCAGAGAUAAAACAUGCGUCUUCCGUCAUCAAAUUCAUGUUUCAAAAUGGGCUUCAUGAAGUUUUACCAGUGCUCUAUAAAGUGUGUUCAAUUUUGACAACAAUUCCAGCCACAUCAUGCUCAGCUGAAAGAUCUUUCAGUGAUUUACGCCGCAUAAAGACCUACCUUCGCUCCACGAUGCGCCAAGACCGUUUGAGCAGCCUAGCACUUAUUUGCAUUGAACGUGCUUACGCAAACAGAACACUUGAGAAUGACAUGGAAAACAUUAUUGACAUUUUCGGCAAGAGGAAAAAGAGAAAUUCGUAUUUCUUUUGA